GGGGGGAAAAAAACCGUACUUAUAUAAUGCCAGCAAUCCUUUACUACAUUUGCCACGCGGGUCGUAAAGGGAAAUAACAGCUCCUAUCAGAAAACGAGAUUUUUUUCAAAAAUUGUCGGGCGGUAAGAAUUCUAGAUAUUAUUUUUAUCUUUCUUUUUUCUUUGAGAAACUUAGAAUAUUCUGUGUGACUGUGUGACUGAAGUGUGCGUCUGACUGAAGGAGCGGCACAUUAAGUGUCAUGUCAGGUAAUUGGCUGUUUUAAAUUGUUUUUACUGUUACAGACGAACCCGUAAGACACAAUACAAAUGUACACGGAUCUCAUCCUACGGCUAUGGAAAGUUUGAAUAGGGCUUUGACAAAGAAAUUCAGUGUUUGUAUUUAAUGUUUUAUGAUUCACAGAAUUAGUAAAAUAACGACUCGAGCGGCUGCUAUGAGAGGCCGUAAUAAAGAAUGUUGUUUUAUGUUUUUUCACGCGACACAUCUGGAUCUCCAUGGCAUUCAGAGAAUUGUGUUUUGUGUGCGAGUGAGAGAUAAAGAGGGCGUAUUUUGGACCACAACACGUAUCUGAAGGGCACAGGUUUGAGGUUUUAGCUGUUGCAUUAUGGACUACGGUGCAUAUGAUGCCUUCUGUAUGUAUGGAUAAUGAUAUGAAAAUAUCCGUGAAUUCUAUCAUUCCCCACCACUUUCCUACCAGCAUCUGCAGGAAAGAGUCACCAUUGUGUGUUCUGAGCACUACACUCACAUUUUCACUUGCAAUUAACCCCUGAUAAAUAAUUCUGCGACCGAUAUGUGCAGCUCACAACCAGUGUUAAUCUUUAGAAAUUGCAAAAUGGGGGGGAAUGUGGAUUUAAUGUUUUGGGUCAUUUGCAGAAAGCAGUUCAGAUUAGGUCACGCGCAGAGCUUGUGCUUGACACCGCAUUCACACAAAGUAGCCCUUGAUUAUUAUGGCAUUUGGUUUGAGAGGAAUCAUAGUCAUAGUUAUAAUCAUACUUUACUGCACAAGCCAUUUUAUGCAAUUAUUGAGUGUAUUACUAUAAUAAGCUUUUAAAAACAUAGUUUACUGUAUUUGAAAUUUGCACAUGUCUCCUGAAUUAGUCCCUGAAAUAACAAUCCCUGAAAUGUACUUUCACAAACUUUUUUCACCUUUCUGUACAUUUAACAUGCUGGAUCGAUCUAUCUAUCUGUCUGUCUGUCAUAUUUCUUUCCAAUAUCUCUGGGUGUCUACUUAUUAUUCUCAUGGCAGGCCCAUCAAUAGCACCUGUCUCUCUCUCCUCUACACACUCUGACAAUUUCCAAGUAUAUAUUGCUUGAGGGUUGAGUAGGAGGGGCAAUGUUGUGUAGGAGGGCUUUAUGACAAGGGGUAGGAGGGGUAUAUAGUGAGAGUCAGAUAAUAGCAGGCCCCUCUAUAUAAACCCCUCUGACAUUGCCACGCCCACUCGGUAUUACCCCUCCCACUCCACAUUAAGCUCCUGGCUGCAGGGAUAUGCCUCCGAUAAUUUCUGUACUUCACAGUUAAUUACAAUGACCUGCCACCAGGGGGUGCAUUCUCAUUGGAAUUUUUAAGGGAUCAUGAAGAAAAAAAUGGUAAAUUUUGGUAAACCUGAGUCACUGUGGUUAGCAAUGAGUUGUUAGAUAAUGGAGCUUAUUGAGGGGAUGUUCGAUAUGGAGAUGGUUCCUUAAAGUGAUUCCAGCCCUGGUGGCUGAAUGACAGUUGGGCAGCCACUGUACAGAAUAUAUUCUAGCCGUGUGUGUUUACUGGGGAACGCAUGCCUGAGUUUAUCCAGCGUGGCUGCUUGCCGUCUGGAUCGCUGCGGGGACACAUUGACCACAGCUAAGACGUGCAGGCUAGCGCUGCCUCUAUGAGCACAUGCUCCUCACUGGUAAUUAUGUAUGUAGGUGUUUUUUUCAUCCAAGUGGUUAAGUAAGUAAUUGGCCUAAUUAUUCCCCUACAUGAACCAAUUGUCUUCAGAAUGGAGGCUGUGUGCAUUAGAACAACUCUGAGUGUCUGUGGUCACGCUACCUCAUCUGACCCCCGAGAUUAUACAUAUCCAGUGUGGAUGCAUCCUGUUCUUUUUUUUUUGUCAGGUAAUACUUGUUCGAGUGAUAUUUCUUGAUUUUUAUAGGUCCGAUUGACAGCUGUGUUCUCCGACAUAACGAGCUGCAGACAUCCUUUUUAUUUUUAGUGAUUAUUAUUCAGGGUGCUGAAAGCUUCCUGGGCCCUCAGUUCGUAACACAGUCCUCUUACAGACCAACAUUAACUGAAUGGAUACAUGUAUUAUCCGGUAAACUGGCAAAUGGAAACAUUACUUCCAUCCAGUUUACUGGAUGACGUGGCACAGAGGCCCCAGUGCUCAAGUAGAGAACAGGAGUCAUGUGUUGAGACAAACCAGACACAGGGGGACCAGAGUGUGUUAAGGAAGCAGCCUCUGCUCAAAUAAACAGGGACUGAGCUCAUGCCCCACAACCAAACAGGCUGUGUACAUUGUGCACUGCGCAAGGGCCAGACUGCUCUCCUCAUGUGGCAAUUUAGCCUAAUUUAUUUUUAUGUGUGAGGGUGGAAAAUUGGCGUGGAGGCUGUGGGAAAGGUGUGCUGUUUAUUUCUGCAUAUUUAGGUAUGCAGUUUGAUUAGAUGGGUGUAUUUCGCAGGAAUCCUUGGCUUAUGUGACACUGUGACGUAGCACAAUACAGCUGGCUGUCUGCUCAGGCUGUUUUGUGUCCUGUGGCUCCCAAGUGGUAGAUCUGACACAUAGCAUGGUGCCUGGGAGACUCCGGAUUACAGAGCUGACAUGUGCUUAGGAUUUAAUGAGUGCAGAAUGUACUUUUACUGAGGGGUGAGUGAGCGUUUGGAAAAAACAUAGAUGAGCAUGAUGGUAAACUGCAAGAUAAUUCGCCCUCUAUUUGAAAAAGUGAAAUAAUCCCAAAACAGUGUUCUGCUGUAAAAUCUGUUUACAGGAUGAUUCGCUGGGAAAGGGCCGGUGUCUCAUUCAUAAUGUAAUAGAACAACCCAGAAUCAUACUUUUCUAAUUUGGGCCAAGUUAACACACAUCACCAUGGGGUCCACAUGGCCCACCUGCUGUGUGUUCUGGUAAGGUAUGAGUUCGGCCAUCCUUCCAUCGCCUUCUACCUGUGUGACCACCCUUAAAAAGAACUGAUCUCUUAAGCUAAUUACCUACUCAGAGACUCUAAUCGCCCACCUAGUCUCAAAUGCCCAGCUGUCUUUGUAAAUAAUCCCUGAAGCGACACAACAAAUUGUCUGCUUCUUUGUUUAAAUCAAAUUGUCUUAAAUUUUUUUUUGGGUGCUUUUCACUUACGUCGUGCUAUUUUGGGAUACAUUGUAUUUGAGGGACCCUUCAUCCUUUUAGAUGUACAUCACUUUUGAGCGGUUUAGCUAAGAUUCCUUCCUUUUUACGAGUAGAAUAGCACAAUACUUAAAAAUCACAUAGAUCAAUUGGGAGAAAAGGAGUUAAGAUCUUAAGCUCUUCACUCCCUCUCUCUCUCUCUCUCACUCACACACACUCUCUCUGUCUGUCUCUCUCAAGCGUACCCCUUAAUCUCACUUUCACUCUUCCCCUUGGGCAUGCAUGUGGGUGUGUGUACGCUACGGACAAUAAGGAACAAUUAAAUAAUUUAACCUCGCUGGAGAUCAGUAUGGUCACUGUAAUGUGGCUGGAGGAGUUACAAGUUAUUAAGAAUAUAUGAAAGAGUCACGAAUCCGGGUCCAAGCCCAGCUGCGCUCAGAAAGGCCCCACCAGGUCUGAGACCAUCUAAGUUUCCCUCAGAGCCAGGAAACCCUCCUGCCAGGGAAAUUAGUAUCAGAGGACCUGAUUGGACCCAGUAUCCACAUCAUGGAAUUGGAAAAGCUUUCGAAUGGCAUCCAUCACCCUGAGCAUGUGACCAUUGAACCUAGGUGUACAGAUGAAGAUGUGAUUGUUUUGGCAAGGUGUGAUGGUAUCAAAGCCAGUCCAGAAGAACGUGAGGAGUUCCUACCUCAGAAGCCUGAUGAGCAAAACCAGUUUACUGACUUUGUUGGAAAGACCUCUUUGGGAAUGUCCAUCUUCAACCUCAGUAAUGCCAUCAUGGGUAGUGGAAUUCUGGGCUUGGCAUACGCCAUGGCCAACACUGGGAUCAUCCUCUUCGUGAUUCUGCUGACCAGUAUCGCCGCCUUGUCUGCUUACUCAAUUCACCUUCUCCUAAGAAGCGCCGGUAUUGUGGGGAUCCCUGCCUAUGAACAGCUGGGCAAGCGGGCCUUUGGUGCUCGGGGGAAAGUGCUGGCAGCUUGUGUCAUCACCAUACACAACAUCGGAGCAAUGUCCAGCUACCUCUUCAUUGUGAAGUCUGAGCUUCCACUGGUCAUUCAAGACUUUAUGGGAACCCCAUCCAACUCCGCAGAGUGGUAUCUGAAAGGCAAAUACCUAGUUAUCAUUGCCAGCCUGAUAAUUAUCCUGCCUCUUGCUCUCAUGCGGCAGCUUGGAUACCUUGGGUACACUAGUGGACUUUCCUUGACAUGCAUGGUGUUCUUCCUUAUCUCCGUGAUCUACAAAAAGUUUAAUGUCAGGUGUCCUUUUGAAGACUACAACCUGACCCAACCCUUAACAGAUAUGGUCAACAGCACCAGUGAAGACAAUGUGUGCGAGGCCAAACUCAUCACGUUUAACUCAAGGACAUCGUAUGCCAUUCCAAUUGUGGCAUUUGCCUUUGUCUGCCACCCAGAGGUUCUGCCCAUCUACACGGAACUCCGGAAGCCGACGCAGAAGCGCAUGCAGAGAGUUGCUAACAUCUCCGUCUUAGCAAUGUUUGUCAUGUACCUUCUCACAGCUGUCUUUGGCUACCUCACCUUCUAUGAUAAUGUGCAGUCGGAGCUCCUCCAUACCUACAAGGGAGACAUUGCAGACAACCUGAUUGUCUGUGUGCGUUUGGCUGUGCUCAUGGCUGUGACCCUCACAGUGCCCGUGGUCAUCUUCCCCAUCCGGAGAGCCCUGCUCCAACUCUUCUUUAAUGACAAGCCUUUCAGUUGGGUGCGGCACAUUGCCAUUACAAUCGUCCUGUUGGUCUUUGUCAACAUCCUGGUCAUCUUGGUACCCAACAUCAAAGACAUCUUUGGAGUCAUUGGAGCCACAUCAGCGCCCACCCUGAUCUUCAUACUUCCAGGAAUAUUCUACAUAAGAAUUGUCCCUGAGAAUCUGGAACCACUGAACUCCAGACCAAAGAUUCAGGCUGCCUGUUUCGCAGCUGCAGGAUUCUUGCUUAUGGUUGUGAGCAUAUUCCUUAUCAUUAUGGACUGGGCAUCUGGAGGAAACCAAAGCAUAGGUGGACACUAACACAUCACCAGCAGCCAAAGACAUGAAGGCAGGACAGCACACCUCUACCCUACUGAAACGCCAGUCUCAAUCAUGCACAUCUUUGGCUGUGAUAAAGACUGCAUUGCAAAGGACCCUUGGGUUUAACAUAAGAGGCUUAUUUUCCUGUAGCUGAAAUGAUCCUGUGUCAUUUGCCCAAAUGGUCCAAUUAGAUUUUCUCAAACUUCCGUCUUUUCUAGAUCCAGUGUGAAUCCAGUGUAUCAAGUUGCUGGGUUGUUCAGUGUUCCCCUCACAGAUGGGUGAUGAUGUCUACAGUGGAAGCCAAAGCCAUACUAAGGCAAUCUUUUCAGCUUCCUGUAUAAAUCACAGGAGGAAUGCUAAUAAAAUUUUAUGAAUUUUGAUUUAAAGUCCCUUAAAAAACCAAAGUGACAGUUGCUGCAAUUUUAGUAAAUAGUUUAGUACAUAGAAAAAGUGAAAAUACAAAGAAUAAAAAUGUUUAAUGUAAUAUAUUUCUCUCAACUUGAAAUGUUUUAAUUUGAAAUCUAUAUUUAUAAUGCAACCCAGAGCAAAUAUAUAGUCAGUUUAUUUUCUGUCCCAAUGUAAUGACAAGCGACAAGUAGGUCUUUCAUGUUUGUUGGCCUGUGAGUUUGAAAGCUGGACCUGUUUGACUAUAAUAGUUACCUAACCCUUGCCACACAGCAAACCCAGCAGUUGCUUGUCAAGCCCUUGACCAGUGACCCGCCAUGGGACAGCUGCCACCCAUCUUAACCGUAUGGACGUUAUUCAGUUUGUUUUGUUGGGAAUGAUGUGUCAUGUCCAACUUUUUUUGAUAAUUUCUCCCACAAACAGCCAUUUCACAUCUCUGUAUACAUAAGUGUCCGUUUUGCUCCUACUGUACGUUCACACUGCAUCCAUGCAGACUUAACCUAACUAGAUCUCCUUGACCAGAGGCUGAUGUUUUCCUGUGCUCUGAUGGCAGUGAGAGGGUCUCGAGCAUUUCCAUGAAAACCGUUAUCCCUUAAGUGGCAGAACAGGAAAAGGACGCCCACUAAACGCAACGGUCUCUGUGGCAUUGCGCUCAUUUCUGUUUUGUCCUUUUCUUUGUUGUUGAUUUGUGUCACUGUUUUCCAUCUGUUCUCCGGUUGUUAUGUCACUGCAAGAACCAGGUCAAGACAAUUUACUUGUAAGUGUGAACUUAUGUAGCCAGUGAAGCUCAAUCAGUGUCAUGCAUUCGAUCUGCAAAAGCUCAAAAGGACUGACUGGACCAGGAGUCAAUCUCGUUGGACUGCAUGGUCACUCUAAGCAACAUUGAUUUUAAUUUUCAUCCAAGCUGUUUAGUAUUUUUGCAAUAAAGCCAAAAUGUGUAGCUUUAAUGGCUUAGAACAUCACAAAAUACGAUUAAUCAGAGCACGGGAGGUUCAGUCAUUGACUGAAGUUACUGAUUUUUUUUUGUCCAUUAUCUGAAAUAACGCAGCGAUGGUCUCUGUUCCAUAAAGUUGCAAAUAUUUGUCUUGUCUCUUCCAAUAAAUGCAGUUGAAUGAUUUUUAAAAA